GUCGUUUGUGCCCUCAGGUUGUGCAUCAUCUCGACAAGGACGGCCAGGCCGACAUCGUCUUCCCGAGUGUAGUGUGGAGGGAAAUAUGGGACCGGUGGGGGCUCCUGCCAUGUAAGCAUGCUAGACGGGGUGCUCGUUCAACGUGGCGACCACAUCUGCAGACAACGGAGGGCGAGAAUGCGCUUAUCUUCCCACACCUCAAGCCGUUUGCAUUGAAACUUACCGGCUGUCCAGCGGGUUUCGGCGAGCUGGGACAGAAAGGCGAUGCAUGCGCCCAACCGGCUUUCGGGGGAAGUGUCUGCAUCGCUGAAACGCUCUGCUGCAGUCGCAGAUGACGACCGACCAGCCGGAUCUUCGCAAGGCUCUUCGGUCUCCAGGGUUGGCGAGAAAGAGGGAGAGGGGACGAACGACCGUGGCGCUUCCCCCAUGUUGGUGCCCUUCCUCUCACUCAGCGCCUCCCGCCACAACACGAC